AUGACAAUCGGUUGUUUUGGAUCGCGGGUAGUUGACGCACAAAAUGUUAAUCCUGAUAAUACUACAAAUGUUAAUGUUAUCAACUAUCCUGAUAAAACUACAUUAUCACUAGCCGAUGUGUUAUUAUCCGUAAUUCUUAUUGCAACUGGAACAUUAAUUGGUUUUGCACACAUCAGAUUUAUUAGAAUUUCUGGAUCUAUCAUUGGGUUUUAUACUUUAGCAUGGGUAUCCAUGCAUAAUUCGGAGCCAGUAUAUAGUGAUUAUAGAAAUUUGAUAGUUCCAAUUAUUAUCGGAUCUUUAGGCGCUAUGUUAUUUUUGUAUUUCGAUCAAAUGGGCUAUUGGGAGGAUGCGCGUUUGGCAUUACAACAUUAUCAGUUAAAAACAAUGGACUUUUCGAAUCAUACCAACUCCGUCUUAUCUAUUUGGUAA